CAUUGGGUUCGAGGCUUCGGCUGCGCUCGGUCACCAUCGGCUACGCUCGGUUGCGCGCCAGUCGAUCACGUGACCGUGGCCCGAUCCGUCAGAUGACUUCGCACAUCGACCACCUGGACCGUUCUUGUCCGUCGACUCCGCUGAUUAUCGAUCACCGCCACCGGGAGGAAGACCGGAACGCACACUGACGUGAGGACGCUGCUCUCCGACGACAACCAACAUGGCGGAGGCUAACUGCGUCAAACCAUUCACCAUGAAGCACUUCUCGAGGUCCGGAUGCACAUUAAAAGUGCCGAUGUCGCUUUUUCGCGAAAAUCGCGAGCGACUAGUCUCGCGUCUCCAAACGAACAGCGAAGUCUCCGCCGAGGGCACUUUCGUUGUUCUUCAAGGUGGCGAGGAGGUUCCCUUCAACGAUACGGAUGUAAACUGGCCCUUCAGACAGGAGUCGUUCUUCCAAUGGUGCUUCGCAGUGGAGGAGCCGGGAUGCUACGGCGCUCUCGACCUGGCCGCCGGCACCUCGAUCCUCUUUGUACCGAGGUUACCGCCCGAAUAUGCGAUUUGGGAGGGCAGGCUGCGUACUCUGGAGGAGUUCAAGGAGCGAUACGAGGUGGACGAGGCCCACUACACCGACGAGAUUGCGCCCGUGCUGAAGGAAAAGCGAGCGCACCUUUUGCUCACGUUGAGCGGCAAAAACAGCGAUAGCGGACUGUGCGCGCGCGAAGCGGUCUUCGACGGUAUCGCCGAAUUCGAGGUGAAUAAUAGUAUCUUGUACCCGGAAAUAUGCGAAUGUCGAGUGAUAAAGUCGCCCGAAGAGAUCAAGGUACUGCGAUACGUGUGCAAGAUAAGCUCGGAUGCGCACAAGGUCGUAAUGCGCACUAUGCGCCCGGGAAUGAUGGAAUAUCAGGGGGAGUCCACGUUCUCCCAUUAUGUAUAUCACACGGGAGGAUGCCGACACGUGUCUUACACGUGCAUCUGCGGAUCCGGUCACAACUCGUCCAUACUGCACUACGGCCAUGCCGGCUCUCCGAACGACAAAGUUAUCGAAGACGGAGAUAUCUGCUUGUUCGACAUGGGCGGCAACUACUGCGGAUACGCGGCCGACAUCACCUGCACGUUUCCGAUCAGCGGCAAGUUCACCGAGGACCAGAAGCUGAUCUACAACGCGGUGCUGAAGGCGCGUGACGCAGUGAUCGCGGCCGCGAAGCCGGGUGUCGCCUGGACGGACAUGCACCUAUUGGCGAACCGAGUUGUGCUGGCGUCGCUGAAGGAGGGCGGACUGCUAGUGGGCGACGUCGAGGACAUGAUAAAGGCGGGUCUGAACGAGGUCUUUCAGCCGCACGGGCUGGGCCAUCUGUUGGGACUGGACGUCCAUGACGUCGGUGGAUACCUGCCGAAUCACCCGGAACGUUCCAAGGAACCGGGACUUAGAAAGCUGAGGACCGCUCGCAUCUUGUUGGCUGGAAUGGUUCUCACGAUAGAACCCGGCUGCUAUUUCGUGGACUGCUUACUCGAUGCGGCUCUGGAAAAUCCCGAUCAAGCCAAGUUCCUCGUGGCGGAAGAGUUGAAGAGGUUCCGCGGUUUCGGCGGCGUCCGAAUCGAAGACGACGUUCUCAUCACGGAAACGGGAGUGGAGAACCUGACGGACGUGCCGCGCACGGUCGAAGAGAUAGAGAAGGAGAUGGAACGCUAGUGAUCCGGGGAUUUCCGUUCUGGGAUGCUCACGAGGAAGUUACGAUAUCUACGUCUGCCUAUUAAUUUAUAUAUUGAUACGUAUCAAACAACGCAAUUGUGAUAUCAGAGGAAGCGAUACUCGCACGCGACCUCUCGUAUAAUGAUGUAUCUAUUUUUCUAUCACGUAUACCAUAUAUGCGAUGAAUGUACAUAACUCGAUGAACGAAUAAAGCAAAGGCCUGCCGA